GCUUACGAUAGUUAUGGACUUAAACGUUUAGAUUUUAUAGUAUAUGUCCAGGGUAGUGAGCCUGUGAUUACGUAUUUCCUUAGUCAGAUCAAUAGUACAGUAGUGCCUUGGGAUGACGGACACAUUUAG